AUGCCAAUUGCGUGUUUGCUGAUCGGAAGAAGCUUCGAGAAAAGGUAUAUCCCAAGGGGCAUUUUCAGAUAUACAAGAUUCUUGGAAGAGCAGCAAGGAUGGCUUGUACACGGCAUCAGAGCGUUAUAUCAACAUGUACAGGCUGGAGAUGGCUGGCCUGGAGAACCCUUGAAUUGUGACGCCAAUGGUCAGCCUCUGGUACAUGAUAUACUCGCUAGACUAGGGUCCCUGGACCAAGCUGGGAGAUCAAAUUCUGGAGAAUCUGUGAGAACCAAGCAACAAAGGCCUGAAAAUCCCAAGGUCGAAACCCUGCAACGACCACAAUCUUCCAGUGGAACUUCGCACAGCCUCACCCCAGUCGAGGCUUCACCAAUUACCCCCAACUAUCCUUUAUCCUCGCCUGGGAUACAUCCAAAUCACAAUACUGAAACUGGGGAUGACUCAUUGCCAUCCAUGAAGACUAUUGCCGAUUCCAGCGGUCUUCACAGUCCAUUUCAAAUAGUUUCCAGCAGCAGGGUCGAUGAUUCCAUUGAAAGAGAUAUGAGAGGUCCUGCUAGUCCCACGGAAAUAUUGUGCAAUGAUGUCCAGGCGAGUAGUCUGCCGCUCGAGUAUCCUACCAAAGACGACGCUAUGCCUUCCGAUCUCUUCACUGGCAUAGGGAACGACUUCGAUGACUGGGAAGGGUUUCUGCAGCCGUUCGGCCAGGUGUCGACGGAGGCUUAUUCGAUGCCGAAUCAUGAUACGCAGCCAUUGCCCUUUGGAUAUGCUGCUUAA